AUGGCAGAUGUUAUUACAGAGUUUGAACAGAAAUUAUCAGAGCUAACAAUAAACAAUGGAUUGAUUAUCAGCCAGUUGACCCAAUUAGCCAAGCAACAUCCAGAAGUGGCUGACCAAAUAAUCGAUUUAAUUACAGCGAGGAUUUACAGAGUCAUACCCGAACAAAAAUUGUACACGCUAUAUGCCUUGGAUGAUAUAUGUAAAGUAGUGGGCAACCCUUACAACAUCCUUGUCGGUGAUGAUAUCUACGACAUCUUUAUUCACGUCUUUCAGUUGAACAAUGAUUUCAUACGAGGUAAAUUGGUCAAGAUGUAUGACCUUUGGAAAACGGUGCCUCUUAAAAGUACUGGUGAGCCCGUAUAUCCAGAAGAACAGUUGACAAGAAUUGGUCAGUUUUUGAAGAAAGCCGGUUAUCCUAAAGAGGAAUCCGCCAAGCUGGUGAAUUUACCUCCCAAACCCACAGUCUCUUUACAACAAUCUUUAAUAAACGAUAUUGACAAACUAAUUCCUAUUUUCGAGAAUCAAUUACGAACAAAUACGAUGGACCAAAAGGUAUCAGAUAGAUUCAAAGCGUUAAACAGCUUGAGAGCAAUGUUGACAAGACAGGAAAUGAAACCGGCUGAGUUGGAAGCAAUUAAAUCACAUAUAGUCAAUAUCCAAUCGCAGGCUGCUGCACCAGUUACACCAGCUACCACUCCACGAGCAACAACACCGUUCGCACCCGUGAAUCCAGCUUUUCAAUUGUUCAAUGACUUGAUAUUAUCGGGGUUGGUAAAGAAGGACCAAGAGCCCAUACCGGGGUCAAAACCGGUCUACACAUUGGUGUUCCCGGAAACUAAGUACUCUUUGGAUCAACAACAUACAGAAGCUAGUUUGGAGGAUUUAUUGCUACAAAGUAGCUCAAUUCCAAGAUCAGAAUAUGAUAAACAAAAGUUUGUUGAGUUGAUGAGCAUCUCUAAAAAGACAUCUGACGGGGACUUGCAACACUUCAUCAACAACAAUAAAUUGGGUGCAAAUACUUUGAACUUGUUGUAUGAAGCUAAACCUUCAAAGUGUUCUAUAUGUGGGAAAAGGUUCACAAUUGACAGUGAAGGUGCAAGCAACAAGCGCCUACAUUUGGAUUGGCAUUUCAGAAUGAAUAAAAAAUUGACAGUCAAGGGUGGAAAUAUACAAUCUAGAGACUGGUAUGUUGAUGAUUAUGAGUGGGUCAAGUUGAGUGAAAACAAAGUUGGAGAACAAGCAGAUUCUACUACCGCCACUGACCAAAGUGUCGAUAUUUCUGUAACGACUGAGGCCCAAUACACUAUAGUCCCAGAAAACGACACGAAUAUGAAUAACCGAUGCUUAAUAUGUCGUGAACAGGUUAAAGCUAAAUACAAUGAUGAAAUUGGCGAAUGGGUUUGGUAUGAUUGUUUGAAACCACCAGGUGAGAAAAACCCAAGACGGAUUGUUCAUGUAGCAUGUUUCAAUGACAAAAAAAGAUCAGCUGAGUUAGAUCUAAACACAAACGUUAAAAGAGAGAAAUUGUAUUGA